GCGCACUACAGGCCGUGCGAGGUUUGUAUCUUCUCUCUGCUUUGUCUUGAAGACCGAGCAAUGCCAAAGAAAGCCAAGCUUGCAAGGAAGGAACAGGGACCUGUUCCCUGUAAGCAGGCGAAGGUGGAGGCAGCUUGUACACCUUCCAUCUUAAACUUUGCCAACCCCAGUAGUCUCUUUGAAAGUUUAAUCUCACCCAUCAGGACAGAGACAUUUUUCAAGGAAUUCUGGGAGCAGAAGCCCCUUCUCAUUCAGAGAGAUGACCCUACACUGGCCACAUAUUACCAGUCCCUGUUCAGGCUAACAGAUCUGAAGAAUCUAUGCAGCCAGGGUAUAUAUUAUGGAAGAGACGUGAAUGUAUGCCGGUGUGUCAAUGGGAAGAAGAAGGUUUUAAAUAAAGAUGGCAAAGCACACUUUUUUCAAUUGAGAAAAGAUUUUGAUCAGAAAAGGGCAACAAUUCAGUUUCACCAACCACAGAGAUUUAAGGAUGAGCUUUGGAGGAUCCAGGAGAAGCUGGAAUGUUACUUUGGUUCUUUGGUCGGCUCAAAUGUGUACAUUACCCCUGCAGGCUCUCAGGGCCUGCCUCCCCAUUAUGAUGAUGUUGAGGUUUUCAUCCUGCAGCUGGAGGGAGAGAAGCACUGGCGCCUCUACCCACCCACGGUGGUCCUGGCACGAGAGUACAGUGUGGAGGCUGAGACACAGAUUGGGAAACCGACACAUGAGUUCACUUUGAAGCCGGGUGAUUUGUUAUACUUUCCCAGAGGGACCAUCCAUCAGGCAGAUACUCCUCCAGGGCUGGCCCACUCUACUCAUGUGACCAUCAGCACCUACCAGAACAAUUCAUGGGGAGACUUCCUUUUGGACACCAUUUCAGGGCUUGUGUUUGAUACUUUAAAGGAAGAUAUGGACUUACGGACUGGAAUACCCCGACAGCUGCUCAUGCAGGUGGAACCUACAACUGUGGCAACAAAAAGAUUAAGUGGCUUCUUGAGGGUUCUUGCAGACCGGCUGGAGGGCACAAAAGAACUGCUAUCAUCAGACAUGAAGAAGGAUUUUGUUAUGCACAGACUCCCCCCUUACCAUGCAGGAGAGGGAACAGAGCUGUUGACGCCAGAUGGAAAGUUACCAAAGUUGGACAGUACAGUGAGACUACAGUUCAGAGAUCACAUAGUCCUCACUGUCGGACCAGAUCAGAAUCCAUCUGAUGAAGCUCAACAAAAAAUGGUUUAUCUCUAUCAUUCUCUAAAGAAUAGGAGAGACACACACAUGAUGGGAAGUGAGGAGGAAACAGAGUUUCAUGGACUUCGCUUUCCUUUAUCACAUGUGAAUGCACUGAAGCAAAUUUGGAGCAGUUCAGCUAUUUCUGUCAAGGACCUGCAACUCAGCACAGAUGAGGAAAAGGAGAGCCUGGUGUUAUCCCUCUGGACAGAAUGCUUAAUCCAAGUCAUAUAAUGCCUGCACAGAAGCAAAUUGGAUUCUGCUGUAUUCUGAGCGUGUAAAGAAGACGUAAUGCCUGUUGCUGUGUGUCAACACUUAGGGCAGGAAUACACAUAGCAGCCAAAGAGGAAAAGGCAUUCGUUCUUACGUGCGUAUGUGCUGUACUAAUAGACACAUGAGAGAGAAAUCUGCAACUUACUAAGUUACCCAAAAUGUGACAAAGCCAUACUUUUGAUGAGUUUAUUUAAUCCAGUGUGGUAGAAAAGGCACAACUCCAAUAAAUGUAUUGUGUAGAAUAAAUGUCAUUAACCUGG